AUGGAGGCUGCGAAAGUAAAAGAGGACCCUCUCCCGGACCCCAAGGACUUGAUUCGCGACCGCAAGAUCGCUUACGAGGCGUACCUGGAUUCGCUCGCCUCUCGGCCGUCUAUGUUUGCUCGGGAAGUCGCUGGCUGGUUCUCCAGCCGCCCGGAGCUUAUCGCUGAUGAGAAGGGAAGGUCCCUUCCUCUCAAAGCCGACUAUCAUGCCAGCGGCGCCAUCCUGGAUGCUGCUCAGAGCGCCAUCAAAGCCGCUGCAUUCUCGUCUUAUGCGGACCAGCUGCUGAGCCGACUAGACAGUGCGGGCUCGGACAAGCUCCGGAAAUCGAUCAUUUUGCAGGAGCUAUCGAACGUUGCGCAUCUUGACUACGUCCGACUCCAGUCUCUGCUGAAGCGGCAGCUGACCAGGGACUCUAAGCUGUUCAAGCGUGUGUCAAACGGGGUCGAUGCCGUGGGAAAUUCCAACAUCAAACUGAAGGGCAAGCCGCAAGACGUUCAAAACAGCGAACCCCCUCUUCACAUCCUUCUCCGACUGUGUCAGCCGGAAACGACCCCGCAGAAGGCGCAUGGUUGGAUUGAACAGCUCUCGAAGCUGUACCUCAAGACCGACUUUGACAAGUAUGGAGCGACGCUCCCACGAGAUGCGUUUGAGACGAUGGGCUUGCUGUCGUUGAGCGCGGCCAUGAAUCUGUCGCUGGCACAGAAGGGGCCGGUUCCUUCGCGCAAGAAAGCUCAGUUCUUCGUCACUCGGGCUCAAGAGCUCGAGGCGGAGCUCAACCGGCUUAAGAAAGAUCUUGGCCCCGUGCUUACCAAGAAGGUUCUUGACAAUGGUCUUACCGACGGCGCAUUGGAGCGACUGGACGAGAUCGUCGCCGAGAAAGUGGGCGCGAGACUGGCUUUCUUGUACGAGGAUUUGAUCCAGGACAACUUCGCGUAUCUGGACAAGCAAUAUGAUCACGCCAAGGCGAAUGGCGAGACCGACUGGACAGCACUCGCAGUGGAGCCCCAAGAGUCUUCUGAGGAACUCGUCGAGAGUCGCAAGCAGAGGGACAAUGCGAGGGAACCCGUGCCUGCACCACCAACCAUCGAAGUCGAAUACGAGGACAUGGUCGAGACUUUCAAGAACCUGAUUGGACAGUCCGAGUCGGGCAAAGCGGUCGGUUGGCCUGCGUUCAAUCGGGCGGUAAAGGAGUUGGAAUUCAACUUGAUUCGUACAGCAGAUGGAUUGAACCAUGCGUUCGAGUCGUCCAAGUACGGGUGCAAGCUUCUUGUGGUUUCUCCGCCUUACAGGGGCAAAUUCGAAGGAGACUCGGCUCUUGUGCUCGGCCGGCGGCUGAACAAAGCCUACGGGUGGACUGAAGAUACCUUUUACGAAGAGGAUCCUGGGAAAUAUCUGGACGAAACAUACUCUGGACCCGACUCUGGAUCCGACUGGGAGAGUGAUGAUUGA